UAGGGUUCUCCUGUUUUCAUGGCAGAAACGGAAGAUUGCGAAUAUGUGUUUAACUGGAAGACUCCCAGUGCCUGUGCUGUAGAAGAGUAUCCCGGGACAAACUGUGUAGUGUAUGAUGAAAACUAUGGUUUCUACUAUGACCUAAGUUCACUGACCGAUAUUUACAGCUAUGUUAUCGAGGGGAACAUUAAGUACGAAGUGCGAUUUUGUGGUAAAAGUCCAACUACUACUAGUUGUGGCAAAGAUGUUGACUCGUGUUUGGUAAAUGGUAAGUUUGACUGCAUCGGUGUGAACCAUAGAUAUCGUAUAUACACUAGAUAGUGCAUCUAAUUAUUCUGCAAUUCAAAAAGUGAAGCCGUGAUUGCAGUCUCGGGUCGUUCUCAUGAAAUGAGAGAAGAUUCGUACAUUUCCUAUUUCUUAAACAGGGAACUUAAAUAUUAAGUUAACCCUAUUCCAAAUACAUUUUUAAAGUAUUCAAAUGAUGAAAGUUAUUGUUUUUAAGCGUUUAUUAGCGAGUGGGAACGACCAACAUGGCCGCCAUCUAUUCAAAUGGGGGUAACCGCUGGAAUAUUCUUGGCUUCAAUUUUACUAAAAGAGAUGCGCUAUCUAGUGUAUAUAUAAGAUAUCUAUGGUGUGAACUCUACAUACUGUAUGUCUGAGAAGAACCGAGAAGUGAAUCCGAUGAGAAAUUUAUAUAGGUUUCUGUAGUAACACUGCGUCCAUAAGGGACUAUACUAUAACUAUAGACAUCUGGUUUAGCACUGACAGAGCUAUCCAGUACUGAAACUGUUUCUUAUGAGUACAAUGCAAUGCAAUUUAAAGUGAAACGCAUUAAGGAAUGGUUCCUCAAUAGAUGAUUCUAGCUAUCGACUAAUUUUUUAUCUGGACAAGAAAGACGAAAUAUAUCAUUUUAUUAUAUACACAAGGUCUGGAUAUGAGGUAUUCUGCAUUCUGAUUGGUUCUCUACUAGCAGGAUAUUAGCUCAUAUCCUGCUAGUAGAGAAAAACAAAAUGGCGGCUCAAACUGAAUUUCCGACUUUUGCGAACGAGAAAACGACAAGUUGUUCGCUUUUUAUAGCCUUUACAGGAUUAAAAACACAAUGAAAAAACUCCCACAAAUUGCUUACAGGUUAGCAAAUGAAUUUUUAAAAUUUGAAAUGGUUAAAAAUAUAUAUUUUUGAAAAAAUAAUCGGCUGAAAGAGCGGAGAUAAAACAUAAACAAAAUAGAAAAAUAUUGAAAAUAUCUGAAAAGCAAAGUCUGUGAAUUCAGACCUUGUGUAUAUAAUAAAACAGUUAUUCUACUCACUCUCGUCGAAUAUGAGCGAUAGCCGAUUCGGCGCUACGCGCCUCAUCGGCUAUCAGCUCAUAUUCGACUCGAGUUCGUAGAAUAACUGUUAAAUAGCUCAAAAGAGCAUCCUAAAAUUAGUAAAAUUGCAAAGUUUGGUUGCGGAAUAUUGUAAAGUACGGAAAAUAUAUAGCCCUGUGAAAUUAGCAAAUUGUGAGUAUUUUAGUAUUACGCACGGUAAAAAUAACCAUUUUUAAGCAGAAAGUGGUUAUUUUUUAUCACGCGUAAUACUAUAAAAUAUUCAAAAUUUGUUAAUUUCACAGGGCUAUAUUUCCCGUAUUUUACAACAUUUCGCAACCAACUUUGCAGUUUUACUAAUUUGAGGAUGCUCUUUUGAGCUAUAAUGAUAUAUUUCGUCUUUCUUGUCUAGAUAAAAAAAUAGUCGACAGCUGGGAUUGUCUAUUUGCCGAGCAUGCCUGUAGGAAAGCCUGCUAGGUGUGCUCGUGGCCAAACUGAAAAAUCAUCUUGCAAAUUGCAAGCAAAAAUUUAUAUGAGAAAUUAAGAAUGAUUAUUACAAUGAUUAAAUUAUACAAACUGAAAAAAAGUCGACGCAUUGCUGUUGACAAUAGUGAUUACUGUUGAAUAUCCGAACUGUAACAGUUCACAGUUGUCAGUUAAACUUAAUUGAUUGAAUUAAGUAUUGAAAUUAAAUUAUCAAUUAUGACAUAUGAAAGCUUUAAUGCUAAGAUUUCAUUCUUCUGCACAAAUACUCUCCCCAGUGUGUAUUAUAUGAUAUUUUCUAAAUUAUCAUCCUCACAAAUCACAAAUUAUGUGAUGCAAAAUCACUAGAAUAGUAAAAUGUUCCUGAGUUGAGUCAGUUCUAAGAAACUUUAGAUUUUCCUGGGGUCAACUGGAUUCACGAAAUCCUCUGGCCUAGAGAUUCCAGGCUUUUCCAACUGCAGCACUGAAAUUUAUAUUUGCCAAGAGGAAAACUUUCCUUUUCUACAGGCAAUCAUGUUCCCGAGCCAUAAGCUCAUGUUAAAAAUACUUGUUUAUCUACUAUAUGUACAGUCAUAAAAUAGGUAAUCAGACUAUUUAGAUAACUAGCAUUAAAUUUAAAAAAUAUUAAAAGUCAUAUACUUCUGGCACACUCACAACCCAGAUUUGACUUAUCAGUAAAAUCUAUUUUAGAAAUUAGAGUACAAAACAUUGUGCCUUUAAGUGUUCCCUCUAUUCUCUAUUUUCUAUCUAGGCAAAUCAGCAACUAAACUUCUCAACUUCGAUAGUUUGAAAUACCACGAUGGUAAAGUAAUUUUUACUCACAAAAGUAAAACAUUCGCCGUCUUCAAUGAAAUAUCUUGCGAUCCUAAAGUCGAGACAAUUUCUCCUGGUGGCAAAACUGAAAUAAGCGCUGGUUACAUAAUCCACUGGACAAGCAAACUGGUCUGUCCAGCAGUCACUGGAGAGGAAUGUAGCAUAAUCGAUGAGAGAGGCCUAUAUGAUCUGUCUGUGUUGGCCAAGGAGGAAUGGAACUGGUUAGCCCGAAAUAGAAUUACGGAGUUUGGUUUUCAAGAUUAUCAGUUUCACUUUUCUGUGUGUAAGCCGCUGAAGAGUAUUUCUCACCUCGCCAAUAGCGGCUCUAGAGGGGCAAUGGAGAACAAAAUAAAAGGGUUAGUAAAAGUAUAUUGAAGAUUGUUGAUGCGCUACCCUGGUUCUAGAGACUCUUUGCGAGGCGAAAGAAACGAGAGGCGAGAACGGAGAUCCUCUGGUCACGUCGAUUGCAAAUCUUACUUCCACACUUGAGUUGGUUCAGAAUUUGAAUCUCGCAUGUGACUGGCCAUUUAUAAAAAUAUGUCAAACCGGUUUGGAAAAUAAACAUUACUGCACGCUAAUUUAUAGCUUGUGUUAAAAUAUUCUAUUAAACUUAACCAAGCAUGAAUAUUAAUACUCCAGUGAAAAAUGUAUCAAAGUGAUCAGGAGAAAAACAUGUUAAUACUAAUCAGUUUGAUAACUUUUUCACAAGAGUAUUAAUAUUGAUGCUUGGUUGAAUUUAAUAGAAUAUUUUAAUACAGGCUAUAAUUAGCUUACAGUAAUGUGUAUUUCCCAAACCGGUUUGAGAUAUUUUUACAAAUGGCCAAUCACAUGCGAGAUUCAAAUUCUGAACCUAAUCAAGUGUAGAAGUGGGAUUUGCAAUCGAUGUGACCAGAAGCUCUCCGUUCUCGCCUCUAGUUUCUUUCGCCUUGCAAAGAGCCUCUGGAAACAGGGUAUUGAUGUGCCUAGGUUAGCGAAAAACAUUAAAGCAAACUUUCCAAUAGAUUGUUUAUAAACUUGAAAAUGUUUUCCUUAUAAAUCUUGUCUGGUCCGCAAUUUUAACCCAGGCUUAGUUGUAAACGAUCUUUGAACAACCUGCUCCAAAUUUAUUCCUGUAGCAACACUGGACGUAGUCUGUGUCACAGACCUGUGGACCAUUAACUAGAGCAGCCAGCAAGAUCUUGACAAGAUCUUACCCAAGAUCUUACCAAGAUCAUGCCAAGAUCUUACAUAAAUCCUGCAAGAUCAUGGAAAGAUCUUGCAUGAUCUUACAAGAUCUUUCCAAGUUCUUGCAGGAUCUUACCUAAGAUCUUGCAGGAUCUUGCAAGAUCUUGCCAAACAUCUUGCAAGAUCUUGCCAUGAUCAUGACAAGAUCUUGCAAGAUCCUGCAAGAUCUUAGGCAAGAUCCUGCAAGAACUUGGAAAGAUCUUGCAAGAUCAUGCAAGAUCUUUCCAUGACCUUGCAGGAUUUAUGUAAGAUCUUGGCAUGAUCUUGGUACAAAUCCUGCAAGAUCUUGCCAUGAUAAUGGCAAGAUCUUGCAAGAUCUUAGGUAAGAUCCUGCAAGAACAUGGAAAGAUCUUGCAAGAUCCUGCAAGAUCUUAGGUAAGAUCCUGCAAGAACUUGGAAAGAUCUUGCAAGAUCAUGCAAGAUCUUUCCAUGAUCUUGCAGGAUUUAUGUAAGAUCUUGGCAUGAUCUUGGUACAAAUCCUGCAAGAUCUUGCCAUGAUAAUGGCAAGAUCUUGCAAGAUCUUAGGUAAGAUCCUGCAAGAACAUGGAAAGAUCUUGCAAGAUCCUGCAAGAUCUUAGGUAAGAUCCUGCAAGAACUUGGAAAGAUCUUGCAAGAUCAUGCAAGAUCUUUCCACGAUCUUGCAGGAUUUAUGUAACAUCUUGGUAUGAUCUUGGUACAAAUCCUGCAAGAUCUUGCCAUGAUUCUCCAAGAUCUUACCACAAAUCCUGCAAGAUCGUGCCAUGAUCCUGCAAGAUCUUGCCGUGAUCCUCCAAGAUCUUACCAAAAUCCAGCAAGAUCUUGCCAUGAUCUUGCCAAAAAUCCUGCGAGAUCUUGCCAUGAUCCUCCAAGAUCUUACCGAAAUCCAGCAAGAUCUUGCCAUGAUCCUCCAAGAUCUUAACAAAAAUAGGUACGCAAUGCGUACAUGUGGCUAGCCUGGUAAACUUUAACUCCCCAAACCCUCCUCCAAACCCAGAAAGCCUGCCAUGCUGGUUAACUUUAAAUUUAAUAGUAAUAAGAAGACACACCACGAUGGUCGGAAUGCGCAAAUUUUCUCCCACUUGUGCAGGCUCAUUUUGUCAGUUGAGUUUCACGGUACACUUGAAAAAUACCGUGUCAUAUCUCGUCGCUUCCCAUGUAAAUAGCGAAUCAUGAAUAACACUUGAAUAAACACAAAUAUGUGAAUUUGCGCGCUAGGCUUUUGAAUAUAACGAUUGUAAAAAGUUUCCGUGUGAUCUAUUAGCAAUUUAAAAGAUACCUAAACUGUAAUACUGCCAUAUAUUUAAUCUCGCGUUUGUUAUUUGCGCAGCAGCAGUUUUGCCGUGGAAUUAAAAUUGCGUGUCAUAUGAUAUUUUUAAUAGGCAAAUAGCGUUUGAGAUAUAGCAACAUUAGCAAAUAAAUACACUGAAAUCUUGGUUAGCACACAAACUUUUACCACUUUUAAUGCAAUAUUACUAAACUGUAAUACUGCCAUAUUUAUUUAAUCUCGCGUUUGUUAUUUGCGCAACAGCAGUUUUGCCGUGGAAUUAAAAUUGCGUGUCAUAUGAUAUUUUAAUAGGCAAAUAGCGUUUGAGAUAUAGGCCUAGCAAUAUUAGCAAACAAACACACUGGAAUCUUGGUUAGCACACCAACUUUUGCCACUUUUAAUGCAAUAUUAGUCAACUUAUAAGAGAACGUGAGACAAAUCAUGCUGAAUUAUUCGACUAUAUAACUCCUAAGACAGACGCAAUAACCUUUAUAGGUUUAUUACAAAUAUGUAGACAUUUGAGACGCCGUCAAUGUCUGAAGAAAGGUAUACUUAAAGCCUUUAAAUAAACGAGUUCGAUGUUACGAUGUACAGUUUCUGGUCUUUUACCAUAAUUAUCCAAUGCUGGUUUUAUUCGCUGCAUUAUAAACGUACCUCCUCCAAACAAUACCCCUUCUUUAAAAUACCAAACAUUUCGAAUGCAAUUGAGAUAUGAAAUCUCAACAAGAAGACAAUUCAAGAUGGCAAAUGGCCCGCAAAUCAGUCAAAAGUGCAAAUCAAAACCCAUAUUUACACGGUGGUCUUUUACCAUAAUUAUCCAAUGCUGGUUUUAUUCGCUGCAUUAUAAACGUACCUCCUCCAAACAAUACCCCUUCUUUAAAAUACCAAACAUUUCGAAUGCAAUUGAGAUAUGAAAUCUCAACAAGAAGACAAUUCAAGAUGGCAAAUGGCCCGCAAAUCAGUCAAAAGUGCAAAUCAAAACCCAUAUUUACACGGCGAGUACGCGCAAUUUCUGAUCGGUUUCGACACCAUAGGUUGAAGCCAUGAAGAUAAACUUUAUUUUAAUUUUCUGGUUUAACAACCUCACCAGUACUGCGUCGUAACAAACUAACAACAUCACUAGUAUUGCCUCGAAAUGCAAAUGUGAAAUGUCGGCAGAAAAAUACGGGCGCUUCCGAUUGCUCCCGAUACUUUACGAAAAUCCGGACAGGACACCAUGAUCAUCAUCGCUCAUCGCGUUUGUGUAGUGUGUACUAUGUGAUAAUGGCUAGCCCGCAAACGGGCUAGCCACAAAAAUCCUGCGAGAUCUUGCCAUGAUCUUUCAAUAUCUUACCAAAAUCCAGCCAGAUCUUGCCAUGACCCUACAAGAUUUUACCAAGUUCGUGGCAAGAAUACAUGGCAAAUACAGAAUGAAGAGGCUCUACAUGAAAUAUACUAUACUCUGGAUAUAACUUUGAUUGAAUUUAUCAAACUAACGUAAAAGUGUACAAUAUUGCCAUAAAUUCAGUGUCGGUCUUUAUUAAAUUGUAAUCAAUUAGUUCAUCCAAAUUAUAAUACUCAAGCUUUUACCCGGUUUAGUUUGCAUAGUAAAUGUAGUAAAUUAGACCAAUAAUGUUGGUAAAAUAUUAUCAAUAUCUAUGGCGAUUGAAAUAAAGUCCAAAUGAAAGUUCCACCUUGCUCAAUAUUUGAGAGAAAACAAAGGGAAUCUUGUCUGUUCUUAAUAAUGUUGUUCUAAAGAAUUGAGUUUCAAGAUGGAACUUUUAUUCGGAGGUUGUUUCAUACUUUACUUCAUGAAUUAUAUUAGCAUUGACACCAUUGUUAUUGCAAGUUCUUCGAUUUUGUUUUUCUUCGCAUAUCGCGGCACUUUUGAAUUUUGAUUGCACGCAUCCACGAUAAUUUGGCGUGUUUACUGUUCUCUGUACUUUUUCUUCGCCAUACUUGGCGUUGAGGACUGCUAUAUCGUAAAAAAACACUGUGUUAAAGUAAGUCUAUUUUUUGUAUUUAAGUUCAUUUCAAUGUUUACCCAAAACACAUUGCCAUUGGCAAAGAAAACUAUAGUACUUUUAAUUAACAUAUACUGUGGCAACUUAGUCUUAAGUUUGUAUAUAUCUGUUCACAGCUGGCCAGUUAAUUUUUCUUGAAGUCAAAUCACAUAUAUUAUUCUUACCAAACAAUUUAGUGACCCUGUUGGGAUCUAGUGCUGGUUUUGGAGAUCUUUUCGACUGGAAUAGUAUUCCAUCCUGGAGCUCUUCCGAUGAAAAUAGGAAGUCCAAUAAUUUGAUUGCACAUUUUGAUGGCUCUUUUGGUGGUGCAUUUACGGUCAUCAAAUUAAUGUCAUUGUGCCUCUAAAAUGAAUUAACAAUACUUGAUAUUAAAUCACUGUAGUUGAAUUCUUUUUAAGUAAAAACGAUAAAUUACACAUGUAUACAUUCUUACUUACAAUCUCGAUCUUUGUAGUUUCUUUUUUGGCCAUAGCUUUAUCAUUUGGGGAUGCCUUCACCAUGUUUUCCUAAAUAAUAUUUGAAAUAACAAAUUUUGAAUAAUACACAUGUUGAAUAAUCAUAGCUCAAACCAUUAAUUUUAUAUGAAAGAUCUCUAUAUUUUAUCCUAGCUUCACUGGUUGGCAUAAUGAAACUUAACUCACUAAUGAAGCUCACAUUUAUACCGUAGUGUGAAAUUGCGUGUUCCUAUGCGCUGCAUUUACGAUGUUUGGCACCGGAUCUGCCAAAACUACGGUUAUCAGGACAUUUCAGUAGCGCAAGCUGCGCAAAAGCUGUGUAAUAAAUAUAAGACUGUGUGAAUAUAAUAAUUUGUGGUCCCAGGGGUAUUCUCAACGGCUUUGUCAUUCUUAACAAAACGUUAAACUAGGCAUUAUCACGUAAAAGCUUAUUGCGACCAAUGAUGAGGUGUUAUUAAAAUUAUUUAAAGUCGAAAUUACAGCAAGCAUUGCAUCGCUUUAGCCGAUUAACUUAGCCUUUUGUAACGUUAUUUGAAAAAGCUUGAAACAUUUAUUACAUGUGGUAAUCAAACUGCUUAGCGCUCAUUCAUUCAAUAUACAAAUAAUGUGUUACAAAAUAGGUUGUAAGCACUUACUUUUUAUUUAAGACUGCUCGACAAGUUAUCCUUUCUUCUUUAGUGCAGCAACAAAGUCGAGGAACAGAAGUAUAAACUGCCGUGUACCUUGUAUGUUUGACUUAUAAAACGCGCCUUGGGGCUUUUACCAACGGUUGUCUACCACAAAUAUGCGAAAAAUGCGCAGAUAACAAGAUUUACAGAUAUUGAUUAAUUGAUCUCAUUUCAGUCAUUUGGAUCUGGCACGCAAAGGUACGAGAGCAACUGUGCGCGUAAAAGCCUCCUUUCACAAGGAUCUUUCAAAAUCAUGGCAUUUUUGGUAUGAUCAUGGUAAAGUCAUGACAAGAGAUUGUGUCAAGAACUUCCAAGAUCAAGAUAGAUAAGAUCUUGGCAAGAUCAUGCUGGGAUCAUGGUGAGAUCUUGACAAGAUCUUCCAAGACCAUGGCAAUAUUAUAAUAGAAUCUUGGCAAGAUUGUGAUUAGAUCUUAGCAAGGAUCAUGAUGGGAUCUUGAAAAGAUCCUCCAAGAUCAUGGCAAGAUUACAAUAAGAUCUUGGCAAGAUUUUGGUAAGAUAUUGGCAAGAUCAUGCUGAGAUCUUGGCAAGAUCAUGGUGAGAUCUUGUCAAGAUUUUCAAGACCAUGGCAACAUGGUAGGAUCAUGGCAAGAUUUUUGAUAAGAUCUUGGCAAGAUCAUGGUGGAAUCUUGGCAAGAUUGUCCAAGAUCAUGGCAAGAUUAUGAUAGAAUCUUGGCAAGAUUGUGAUAAGAUCUUAGAAAGGAUCAUGGUAGGAUCUUGGUAAGAUCAUGGUGGAGUCUUGUCAAGAUCCUCCAAGAUCAUGGCAAGAUUACAAUAUUAUUUUGAUAUGAUCUUGGUAAGAUCAUGGUGGAAUCUUGCCAAGAUUGUGCAAGAUCAUGGCAAGAUUAUGAUAGAAUCUUGGCAAGAUUGUGAUAAGAUCUUAGCAAGGACCAUGGUGGGAUCUUGGCAAGAUCAUCGUGGGAUCUUGACAAGAUCUUCCAAGAUCAUGGCAAGAUCAUGAUAGGAUAUUGACAAGAUUUUGACAAGAUCAUGGUGGAAUCUUGCCAAGAUUGUGCAAGAUCAUGGCAAGAUUAUGAUAGAAUCUUGGCAAGAUUGUGAUAAGAUCUUAGCAAGAAUCAUGGUGGGAUCAUGGCAAGAUCAUGGUGGGUUCUUGACAAGAUCUUCCAAGAUCAUGGCAAGAUUACAAUAGGAUCUUGGCAAGAUUUUGAUAUGAUCUGGGUAAGAUCAUGGUGGAAUCUUGGCAAGAUUGUGCAAGAUCAUGGCAAGAUUAUGAUAGAAUCUUGGCAAGAUUGUGAUAAGAUCUUGGCAAGGACCAUGGUGGGAUCUUGGCAAGAUCAUGGUGGGAUCUUGACAAGAUCUUCCAAGAUCAUGGCAAGAUCAUGAUAGAGUAUUGGCAAUGUUGUGAUAUAUGCGAUUGGUUUGAUCAAGGUUCAUUAUACCUAUACUUAUGAAGGUCGAAAAAUACAACUCGGCAAGAAUUAUGUAUGACGAAAAAUCAUGAAAGAUCUUGGCAAGAUCUUGACAAGAAUUUCAGACAAUCUUGGCAAGAUUUUGGCAAGUAUGGCAAGAUUGAAUAAUCUUGGCAAGAUAUUGGUAAUAUCUUGGCAAGAUCUUGCCAAGAUUAGUGUCUUGCCAAGACCUUGCCAUGAUCUUCCAAGAUCAUGCAAGAUCUUACAAGAUCUUGCCAAGAUCUUCAACCUGGGGAAGCCAGCCCGACAAUAGAUGAUUCCCCUUAUUACGUUUUCGUAGCGCUUUGCAUUAUGGUUAUAAUGGUAUCACUGAUAAAGAUAGCGGCCUCGAAUGAAAAUAUUGAAUGUUUUCGCGAAUAUUUUGCUUUUGGCUAUCGUGCACCUGACCCUAGCUUUUUUAAAAGUUCUUGCACGGGUCGGGACAAAAAAUAAGCCAUCUUGAAUAUCGGUGAUACCACUAUAACCACAAUGCAAAGCGCUACGAAAACGUAAUAAGGUGAAUCAUCUAUUUGGUCAUGCUAUGCAAAUAUUUCUGUGUUCAUAGACCGUGAAAACAAUCAAUUUAUAGAGAAGUGAUUAAUGAUUUAAAAUUUGCAUAGCAUAUUAACCAAAUUGUCGGACUGUCUUCGCCACUGGGUUUCUCUUGUAGUAACGGUGGAAAAAUAAGGGGUGGAGCUCUUGGAGAAACAGAUUAUGAUCAGUAUAUUAGCCUGCGUGUCAGGCUCUAUGCUUUAGCCUGGCUUUAGUUAAUGUAUAGCUUUCCUCCUAUAGUAGCACUGGUAUUUUUAAUGCUUCUCAGUGUGAGUUUCGUCGCAUAACAUUUUUAUCGCAUAACACAUCUAUCGCAUAACAUUUUAUUAACAUUAAGUGUCAGUCCUUACGUCUAUAGGUCUAGCCUAUCGGCCAACCUAUAUAGGUUCAUAUAGGAAACCUAUAAGUUUUUAUAGGCAAUUGGAACAUUUCCUGUAGGGAUGCCUAUAAGCCUAUAGAGCUCUAUAGGUGCCUAAAGGCUUCUAUAGGGAAUUAGAACAUUUUCUAUAGACCACCAAUAGACUUUUUUCGUAUAUACUAACAUCUAGGUUUUAAUUCUUCCUCUUUUUAGUACAUUUACAAGUCUUGGUACAAUGAUAGCACCUCUAAAGAUUACCAAUGGGUAUCUCACAAUGACGUAUGGGAAUGGUGAUAAAAUACAAGGUCGUUGUAAAAACCCUACCACUACCAUACAGUUUGUCUGUGAUGAUGUCGUUCCCGAAGGUGUAGGGGUAAGUCAAUGUCUCAAUGAUAUUGCUGUUGACUUUCCUGAUGAGGAACUUAGCUCAAAAUACAGAACAAGGUUAACCCCAAAGAUCGAUAACAUUUUUGACUCACGGAUGUUGGGAAGCAACAUGUGUGAGUCUUUGUGGUUAAUUGAGUGUGGGGCAGUUAAACAAUGGGAAAUGACCAGCCUGCUUUGCGCGCACUGUUUAGCGGGUUGGAGCACCCGUUCGUUUUUUUUUUAUUUGGCAAAAGAGGCACGACAAAUGGCAAAAUUCGCACGGUGCCCGUUUCCAAAAACAACUGCAAACUGCUUUAAUUCUUUCUGUCACCUUCAUUUGAUCUCAUCCGUGAGUUGGCCUCAACGGCCUUUGAUUAUAUUUUUCAACGUUUCGACUAUAUUUCAGUCAUCAUCAGGAUAAACUAACUAGGUUAUGUAUAAAAAAUAUUCAUAUGAAAAAAUAGGAUACAUUACGUUGAUUAUUAAUGAAUUAGUUAAAUAUGAUUAGUCCUUUAGAAGCUUUAAUUCCAUGAUUAUAUAAGUUCAGGUUUAUAUCUUUGAAUAGCGAGGGAUUCUUGACACAGCAAAAGGGACCAAUGGUUAGAUUUAUCAAUUACUUUACUAUUGUGGAAAACAUGUUCAGCCAUUAUACUGGUUUGAUUAGACUUUGCGUCAUAGUCGGGAUAUAGUUUUAAAAGGGCUUUAAUAUGUUGAAACUGUUCGCAAGUAUAGAGAGGUGCUGAUGGAUAUUAAUGUUCCUUACUUCUGAUGUAUAAGCAGCGGGCAGUUUUGCCGAUAUAACUUCUAUUACAUCCAGGGCAAGAAAAUUCAUAGACAACAGAGCUUCGGUUGAUUAUUAAUUAGGUUGAUUAUUAAUGAAUUAGUUAAAUAUGAUUAGUUCUUCAGAAGCUUUAAUUCCAUGAUUAAGUUCAGGUUUAUAUCUUUGAAUAGCGAGAGAUUCUUGAUACAGCAAAAGGGACCAAUGGUUAGAUUUAUCAAUUACUUUACUAUUGUGGAAAACAUGUUCAGCCAUUAUACUGGUUUGAUUAGACUUUGUGUUAUCGUCGGGAUAUAGUUUUAAAAGGGCUUUAAUUUGUUGAAACUGUUCGCAAGUAUAGAGAGGUGUUGAUGGAUUACAGAUUCUGUGUGGUAUGAAUGUUCCUUAGUUCUGGUGUAUAAGCAGCGAUCAGUUUUGCCGAUGUACCUACUAUUACAUCCCGGGCAAGUAAAUUCAUAGACAACAGAGUUUUUAUAAGUUUUCGGAAUUUUGUCUUUGCAUGAUACAAAUACGUUGCAGUUAAUAAUAAAUCGGCAUUUUAAUGUGAGGAAGAGGGGUUUUUUUGUAUCAACGAACGAGAAAUACGUUGAUAAAUAUAAAAAUGUUAUCGAUCUUUGGAGUUACACUUGUUUUGUAUUUUGUUAAAAUACUCAGUGUAGUCAGGCAGAUAGAGGAACAAAAAUUAUGGGAAACUUACCAUAUCGAGGGGCAAUUCCAUGUUGCGUUCAUAUUGUGCCCUGAAGGCUAGUAUUAAGUACGUUUCUGUAUGUCGGCGGCGUUAAAAUUUCUUGUCGGCUCCUGCCGACACGUUUUUCUUCCAAUUUUGUAUUAAACUCUACUACAGUUAAAAAAAUGUGAAAUUUCAAAUACAUUUCUAACAAAAAUCACUUUAUAUAAUUUGAAAGCUUGCAAAAAAACUACAUAUAAGACAUUUAAACGGUUACCACGGUUUUUCAAGUUCUUCUUGAGUUAUAACCUGUUGAAAGCGUGUUUUCUGGCUAGUACCCAGGAAUUUUGCGAGAUUUUGGCCUAUUUUUCACAUUUGGUACAGCAAUAACUCGAAAACUACUGGAAAAUCCCAGCUAACCAUUUAAAUGUCUUAUACGUAGUUUUUUGUUAGCUUUCUAUUGAUGCAAGUCAUUUGUAUUAGAAAUGUACCUGAAAUUUCUCAUUUUUUAACUGUAAUAGGGUUUACAGUCAAACCGGAUGUUCUCUUGCGAGCAACAAUGCAAUAUUGUCCCACAAUAUUGCAAUUUUGAUAGGCUGAUUGCUCUGAGCAACUUGCAACCGACGCGAACAAAUUGCAACUUGAAAUUCACAGAAGAUUUGUAAACAAAGCCUCUGAUUGGACUAUAAGAAAGGGGGAAGCACCAAUCCAGUUGCUCAGACUAUUUGAUUGGCUUCCCUCUUUCUUAUAAUCCAAUCAGAGGCUUUGUUUACAAAUCUUUUGUGAAUUUCAACUUGCAAUUUGUUCGCAUCGGUUGCAAAUUGCUCAGAGCAACCUACCUGUCAAAAUUGCAAUAUUGUGGGACAAUAUUGCAAUGUUGCUCGCAAGAGAACAUCCGGUUUGACUGUAAUACAAAGUUCGAAGAAGAACAUGUCGACAAGAGCCUAUACAUAUAUUUUAACGCCGCCGACAUUCAGAAGUGUACUUAUUACUAGCCUUCAGGGCAUAAGAUGAAGGGAAAAUGGAAUUGCCCCUUGAUAUGGUUAAGUUUUUUUCCUUCUAUUUGCCUGACUAGUGGUUCUAAGAACUUAGCUCAGCGUAGUGACCAGUGAACUGUAAUAACACUGGAAUGCUAACUGCAGGUAGACAUGCCCAUACUAGACCGAAACCAAGAUGGCGCUUCUCGCGAGGUUCGGCGAGCAAUAAAUUAACUUUCAAAAGGACUAGGGAGAGUUUCGAGGAGCGGGAAAUUCAGUCAAAAGUGUUUUUUUGAGCGAAAAUCAGCAAGAAAAAGUACUUUCUUCUAUCAAAAGGCUUCAACUCUAAAGAUUCAAACCUGGUUUCCUGGAUAGUUCUAAGUAUUUUACAUCCACUAACAGCAAAAACAGAUCUUGGUCUGACCAUUUAGAAAUUCUCUCCAUAGAAAUUGAAUCUCAUACACCAAAUAAAUGCCUGCUGUGUGUCUGCUACAGACCACCGAACGGUGAUCUUAAUGAAUGGCUUAGUUAUUUUACAUUGUUCCUUCAAGUGGCUGAAAAAUAUGAAAACGUUUUCAUAACUGGAGACUUUAAUUUUCCUGAAUUGUCUUGGAACUCUGACCUUACUUCCCAGAAUGCCCCUCCCAGCUCCAUUGAAUUUCGAGAUCUCGUAUACGACUUUUUUCUUGAACAAGUUAACCCGCAUCCGACGAGGCUGAACAACAUCCUUGAUCUAAUCCUGACCAACACUCCUGAGUGUGUUAUCGAUGUAUCGUGCAUAUCACCACAAUCAAUGGACCUCUUCAGCGAUCAUAAUCUUCUGUUCUUUGAUUUCAACCUGUUUGCCAAGUUAUCUUCCAGUGACAAACGAUCUGUCCUAGAUUACCGCUUAGCAGACUGGCCGGGUUUAUACAGAACUCUUUUAACAAUAAACCUGUCGCCAUCAAUAGCCUUAAAUCAAAUCAAUAACAUGGGCACAAAUAGUAAUCCUGAUGAUAUCAACAAGGACUGGGAACGGUGGUGUGAUCGUUUCAUGGAUGCUGUACAUCGUCAUAUCCCGACUAAAAUUAUUAAAAAACGAACAUCUCCCCCUUGGCUAGACAGUGAAACGCAUCACCUAUUACACAAAAAGGAAACGGCUAGAAGAAAAGCCAAAAAGAGCUGCUGGAGUAACAAUCUCUGGGAAAAUUUCAGAAACCUUCGCCGUUCCUGUAAGUCGCUGAUAUCUCGUAAGCGAAAAGAGUUCUUUCAGUCUUUACCUGUUCUUAUGAAAUCAAACACAAAACGAUUCUGGUCGUUGUUCAAAUUUACAUCAAAUUCAUUUAGUGUACCAAACAAAAUGAGUUGGAAGCGUGAUGAAGGAACUGUCAUAGCUGAAAAUCCUGAAGACGUUGCAAAUCUCUUAAACAACUUCUUAUUUUCUAUGUUUAAUAAACCUCUUUCCCAAGAAGAUUACGAUGCCCAUCCAGCGUCCACCACCACCUUCUGUGACCCCAUAAGCGAUAUCAACAUCUCACCUGAUGACGUUCAACGUGCUCUUCUCUCUCUCGAUGACAACAAAGCUACUGGUCCAGACAAAAUUCCGGCAAAGUUGCUUAGAUGUUGUGCUCCAUACAUUUCCUCAUCCCUUGCUGAUCUCUUCAAUAGAAGCUUAACUUCCGGUAGUGUACCAGCGGAAUGGAAAGUUUCUAAUAUAAUACCCAUUCCUAAAGGUGGUCAAAAGAACGAAGUUUCAAAUUAUCGACCCAUAUCUUUACUUCCAAUUGUAUCAAAGGUGCUCGAGCGUUGCAUAUACGACCAAUUGAUUAACCAUGUCUCAAGUGAACUGCAUAACCUCCAAUAUGGAUUUCUCAGGGGGAAUUCUACAACAUCACAAUUACUAAAGGUUCUACACGAGUUUGGUGAGUCACUCGACAAGAGAAUCCAAACUGAUGUCCUUUAUCUCGAUUUCGCUAAAGCGAUUGACAGGGUCGAUCAUCAACUGCUUCUCAAGAAACUUAGUAAUUUUGGAGUUUGCGGAAACUUGCUGAGCUGGUUUCAUCAAAAAAUUACCAUUUUAGGAAAAACAUCCCGAUCAAUACCCGUUCUAUCAGGUGUUCCUCAGGGUUCAAUCCUUGGCCCUUUAUUGUUUCUUGUAUACGUGAAUGAUCUGCCCGAAAGGUCCACCACAUCGUCUGUUGCUCUGUUCGCUGAUGAUACCAAGUGUUAUCAUGCCAUAAGAACAACAGAUGACGUAAAAGCUCUCCAAUGUGAUCUGGAUGGAAUCAGCCAAUGGUGUCGGACGUGGCGCAUGAACCUUAACGAAACUAAGUGUGGAGUUCUUAAGGUAACAAGGAAUCUCAAACCCGUGCAGUCAUCUUACCAUCUCAACAACGAUAACUCAGCCAACUCAACGGUCAUGUGUAAAAGGCUUGUUCAAAAAGAUCUUGGCGUUCUCAUCACUGCAGAUCUCAAGUGGAACCAACAAGUCUCUGCUGUAUGUGCGAAAGCAAACAGAAUGCUUGGGUUCGUAAAAAGGUCCUCCAUUAAGAUGCAUGAUCCUCGUACACGUACCGCAGUUUAUAAAACGUUAGUACGAAGUCGUUUCGCGUACAGCUCCCAAGUCUGGUCCCCGCAGUCUGUGUCUUUAAUCCUCGAAGUCGAGAAGAUUCAAAGACGUGCAACGAGAUUCAUCCUAUCGCUGCCGUUUAGAUCUGAAACUAGUUACCAGGAGAGACUAUUGAAAACUGUCUUACUGGCACGAGUACCUGGACUUGGUGUAUCUCUUUAAGGCAAUUAAAUUGAAUGACUCUCAGAUUAGUAUAGUAUCAAACGAUCGUAUCACCAGGCGCGCUACAACUAACAGUGUAACAUUAAAACUUUCCAGAGUUAACACUUUAACUUUUCAGAACAGUUUUUAUAAUAGAGCUCCCAGAAUAUAUAACUCCCUACCACCACAUAUUCGAGAAGCAAGCGUUACUGUCGGCCAAUUCAAAUCUUACCUGUUAACUUAUUAUGAAGCAAUGACUAAAGAAAUAUAUAACAUUAAUGCUCCACAAACAUUUAAAAGUAUAUGUGUCAAGUGUCACUCGUGUCGUCCGUUGUCCAGUCUUGUGGAUAAAAUGUGUUGUAAAUAAUGUAAUGUUGUGUUUUUUUUUGUUUUUUAUAUAUACAUAUUAUUAGGGACCCUGUAAAUGGAGCAUUAAGCUCUGUAGGGUUAACCUGUCAUUUAUGACUAAGUUUGUAAAAAAAAAACAAAAAAAAAAAACCUUCCUGGGUAACAGCUUGAUAUUCAAAAUAUUACACAAGUCUGAACGUGACGAAAAAAACUUCGCACUUUGUCUCCUGAAAAAAUAACUUUAAGACUGCUCUACGUUCUGGAAACAUGUUUUGUUGUUGUUUGAAACUUUCUAACAUUUUACACACAUUAGGUAGCACCAGUUGUCGAUGGAUUCGACGAAACAACAUGUGAAUUUCACGUGACAUGGCUAACUCGUGCUGCCUGUCCAGUACGCAGUCUCCUGGGUGGGUCUAAUGUUCCUUGCACUGCCAUCCAUCCAGCUACGAAAAAAGCUAUAGAUCUAAGACCACUGAACAACAGAGAAGAUGGUUUUUACCAGGUUAGAGAUCAAGAUAACAAUCAAUACAAGAUUAAUGUAUGCGGGAGUGCCAAAGGUAAGAAAAUCUUUUAGCAUUUCCAUACUUGAUGUUUGUGGUAUUACUUUGUGUAUGCAUCCACACCGGGCAAGCUGAAAGUUUGCCUGACCACGGUCGGAAUCGAACCCGCGACCUUUGGGACACUAUAGUCCAAUGCUCUGCCAACUGAGCUGCGUGGUCAAGUCGUUUCAAGUUGGUGAUAUUUCGAAACUGAGUCUAGUUCCUUCGAUAUCAAUGUAUUCUAAGAUAUGAUACUUUUUUGUGUGUUGGCGUUAUGUGCUCAGGUGAAUAUGAUGUUUGCGGUGUUACUCUGAGUGUGCAUCCACACCGGGCAAUCUGAAAAGUUUGCCCGACCACGGUGGGAAUGGAACCUGCGACCUUUGGGAUAGACCCCGGAGGCAAUUAUUACUCAUCAGCAAAGGAAGCGCUAAUGAAAUGGAUGAUUCCAGCUGCAGACGAAAUUUUGAUCUAGACAAGAAGAACGAACUCCAUUACCAUAGCUGGAAAGAGCAUCUUAAAAUGAGUAAAAUUGCAAAGUUUGGUUGCGAAAUGUUGUAAAAUGAGGAAAAUAUAGCCCUGUGAAUUCGCAAAUUUUGUAUAUAUUUGCGAGGGGUAAAUUACUCUGAAAGUACGAAGAUUUUUGGGAUUAGAAAAUCCCGGCAAUUUUUCUCGGGAUUCUGGGAUUUUUUCCCCAAAUUUAAGGGAUUUGGGGUUUUUUUUCAACUGAUUUUUUCAAAAUGUUUUCCCUUAUGUUGUUUUCGCCGAACUUUUUCCGGCAUUUUUUGCGACAUAUAAUCCGUCGAAUUAUUUUUAAAAUGAAAUAAAUCAACGAAGGGCAUUUUCACGCCAAUUAGCGAUUUAAAUGUUUAAAUUUGAUGCGAUUUCUCAAUAUUGCAAUAAUUUUGAGGAUUUUAUUGGGCUUUUUCCAAGUAUUUUAUCCAAUUUUUAGAGAGUUCUUGGGAUUUUGGGAUUCUGGGAUUUAGUAAGAUUUUGGGAUUUUUCCAAAGAUUUUUUGGGAUUUUUGAUGAAGUAUACGAAGAUUUUCAAAGUAAUUUAACCCUCGUAUAUUUGCAUUACGCGCGGGAAAAAUAACCAUUUUUGAGCCGAAAGUGGCUAUUUUUACCGCGCGUAAUAGCUGUAUCAAGAUCCGCUGCUCAAAUUUUAACUAGUACAAGAAAUGUUUUUUGCAUAGGCUGUCCAAAGAAUUCCGGGAUCUGCAAGAUAGGCAAACACAACGUAAAUGUGGGAAGUGUUGACACAACGCUUGUCUAUCGUCAAGGAUUUCUGUCUCUGCAUUACAAGAAUGGCGAUAACUGUGAAGGCCAGCAAAACCGGAAAACAGAGACCUUGAUAUCGUUUAUGUGUGAUCCUCAGGCAGGAAACGGGAAACCCACGUUGGAACGAACCAAUGAUUGCACACAUUUUGUCACUUGGAAAACAAAGUUGGCUUGCGAACCUGAGGUAUUUCAUGAUUCUUUAAUGGCACUAUUUCAUUAGAUUAAUUACGUUUUCGAUAUUCAAAAAAUAGAACGAAAAGAAAAAAGGAUGAUAAAAUCAAUAGAGCGUUUGCCCUCAUUCCCCAGAGGCCAACUCAACAAAAGCCAUGGCGGCCAUGCUGGUAUGCUAUGUAAUAAUUCAAAAUUUUCAUAAGAGGUCAAAAUAUUGCCAGAACUAAAACUUUCAAUGACCCCUUUCCCCCUCAAUUACUCUUGAAACUCUGGUGACUCCCCCCCCCGCCCAAAAAAAAAAUUCCAUAAAUAAUGAACACUCCCUUAACUAUUUUAACACGUGUACAGGUUGAUUCCCCCCCCCCAAAAAAAAAAAAACAACAAACAUCAUAAAUAAUGAGCACUCCCUUAACUAUUUUAACACUUGUACAGGUUGAUUGUGUUGCUCAUGACGGCCAGCAAUUUUACGAUCUCACGCCUUUGAUUAAGAACGAUGCCAAUUACGAGGUAUUCAUAAAUUGUUUUUUGUGUAUAUGAGGAUUUCGAGCCAAGAACUAUUUAGUAACAAGAAGCACUGCAUUUAGAAUACGUGUAAGGCCGUGUAUCCGAAAUCAAUAUUUUACCAUUGUAAAUGUUCUUUAGGUUGUUCAUCUAGAAAAAACGUAUCUUAUAAAUGUGUGUCGCUCAUUGGUCAGCGGUUCACGAUGUCCAGCAAAUGCAGCAGUUUGUAAGGUAUGGUGCUUUUAUUAUAUAGUAGAGAGCGAGAUACUGAAAAUACAGAGUGGGAUAUUUUCCAUAUCUAUCGAUCACGUGACUUUUCCAAUUUGCUUUUGAACAUGAAAUUUCACAAUUUUUUGCUUGGGACUAUAUAAUAAACAGAACAUUACACGGUGGCUUGAAGAACAUUACACGGUGGCUUGAAAUACAGAGUGGGAUAUUUUCCAUAUCUUCUUCACUAGUGAAGAUAUCGUUCACGUGACUUUUACACGGUGACUUGAAGACACGUGACUUUUACACGGUGACAUUACACGGUGACUUGAAGAACAUUACACGGUGGCUUGAAAUACAGAGUGGGAUAUUUUCCAUAUCUUCUUCACUAGUGAAGAUAUCGAUCACGUGACUUUUCCAAUUUGCUUUUGAGCAUGAAAUUUCACAAUUUUUUGCUUGGGACUAUAUAAUAAACAGAACAUUACACGGUGGCUUGAAGAUAUGACUUUUAUUUUCUCGUGUUAAAAACAAUAUUUUACUCAUUCGCUGCGCUCGUUUGUAAAAUAUUGUUUUCAUCACUCGAAGAUAAAAGUCAUAUCUUCGCACCGCCGUGUAACAUCCUCUACAUAUGAGCAAUGUAGAUGUCCUGAACAUGUUGCACAGUUCUAUGUUGGUAGCAGCUUGAGAUUAAGGUCUGGAUUAGGAGUUAUGGGGUUAGAAUUUCAGUGAGGAUUUGAUUGAGGAUUUCUGGUAGGAUUAAGUUGCGAUUAUAGGUUUACGCUGGUUUACACGUCUAUCAAAGUUUCUGUGAUCACAGAAGGAAUUUUUCAUAGGUAAAAGUUUUCAAAGAUUUGUAAGAAAUGCUUGAGAGAUCUGGCUCAGGGUUAAACACUAAGUCAGUUUGCUCAAGCGUUUCUUACAAAUCCUUCAAAACUUAGAAUUUAUAUACACAAAAUUCCUACUGUGAAUCACAGAAACUUUGAUUGUGUAAACCAGCCUUACUGCGGAUUUCGGAAUAGCGUUUCAGCGCUUUAAUUUCCGGUAUUUGUUUUUCCGUUGAACCAUACAUGACGUAUGCAUGUAGUGUACAUAUGUAUCAGUGUAUUAAUGAAUUAUGACUGUACAAUUUGCAUUAAAAUUUUACUUUAUUGUUUCAAUUUUACAGCAGGGGUGGAAAAAGUAUCGGAACCUGGGAACCUAGUUCCCAGAAUUUUUUUUGAGUUGAGAAUUUUGCAGAAAAUUUUCCAGAAAAUAUUUCAACAUUUUGAGAUAACUCUGUUUAUUCAACUUACAAGUUACAACUAUUCUACUUUAUUUACACUGUACACGCUAAUGUCAGCAGCUUUUAAAUAUUUGACAGAAAUGAAUUCUUUUACCCACCCCUGCCAUCACAAUGACUGGUAAAAUGGUAAAUAUAUGCUCUGCAAAGUCUCCAAUAAAAUGCAAAUUAAAUAGUAAACAAAUAAAAGUGAUGGACUAAAUAAGAUGAUAGGACACUUAGUUAAGCGUUAGAUCCUUACUAUGAUGUUUGUGAUGUUAUUCUGAGUGUGUAUCCACACAGGGCAAGCUUGAAAAAUAUGCCUGGCCACGGUGGGAAUCGAACCUACGACCUUUGGAAUACUAGCCCAAUGCUGUGCCAGCUGAGCUACGCGGUCAGGUCGGUUCGAGUAUGUGAUAUUUCGGAACUGAGUUUAGUUCCUUCGACAUCAAUGUAAUCUAGUAUAUUCCAAAGGUUGUAUAAGUUUGAUUCCCACCAUGGCCAGGCAUAUUUUUCAAGUUUGCCUGGUGUGGAUAUACACUCAGAGUAACACCACAAACAUCAUAUUCACCUUAGUACAUAACACCAACACAGAAAAAAUCAAGAUCCUUACUAGUUGGUCAUAACUCAUAACUGUGGUAUAUAACAGACAACUAUUGUGAUGUACAAGCGUACGAAAACCAGCCUAAAGCCCAUUAUCACUAACGUGCAAAUAAUACAAUAAUUAUGCAUUUGUUUUGUUAUUUUUGUAAUUGUAACAUUACAAAUUUUACAUACAAUUUCUAGCCUUUGGCCCAGGUUCCCACAAAGAAAAAAAAUUUUUCCACCCCUGUUUUACAGAAAAACAUUCUUACGAAGUGUAGACCCUAAGCAACUAAAAAUAUCAAAUUUUCACUUUGAUCCAUCAUUGAAACUUUCCCAAGGGGAGGUGCAUGACUUUUCAGGGGCGGUGCAAAAAUUCUCAGGGGCGGUGCAAAACGAUCUCAGGAGAGGUGCGCACCUCCCCUCAAUAUCCGGCUCAUGGUGUGUAUUGCAUGUUUUAUAGGAUGGAGAAAGUUUUGGACACGUGAGCUCUUCACCAAAGAUAGUUUCAGGAGAAACCGAAGUGAAAGCUCAACUGGUUUAUGAAAACGGAAGAUGCGGAGGUUUGGGUAACACGACCAUUAAUUUUCACUGUGAUCCAAAAGAUCUCGUGGUAUGUUCUAUAUCACACUUUCUUUUUAAAUGAAACCGAAAUUUAUUCGACGUCCUAACAUAGUGUGGUUAAUGUAACCAGAAAUCUGGUUAUAUUUGACCAGGACCUGGUAUAUAGUGUGGUUAAUGUAACCAGAGAUCUGGUUAUGUUUUGACCAUGCAGGACCUCCUAGUAUAGUGUGGUUAAUGUAACCAGAGAUCUGGUUAUAUUUUACCAGGACCUUCUGGCAUAUAGUGUGGUUAAUGUAACCAGAAAUCUGGUUAUAUUUGACCAGGAUCUCCUGGUAUAGUGUGGUUAAUGUAACCAGAGAUCUGGUUAUACCUGACCAGCACCUCCUAGUAUAGUGUGGUUAAUGUAACCAGAGAUCUGGUUAUAUUUGACCAGGACGUCCUAACAUAAUCUGGUUAAUGUAAUUAGGCCAAGCCUGAAAAUAAAUUUUCAACGGUGCCUGACAAAGUGUCAGGUACCAACUGAUUGGUGCCAGACAUCGGACAUUUUGUGCCACUACUCAAUUAUAUCUUACGAAAUCGAACAAUCAUAAUUUUCACAGCAUUUUCACAGGCAUAUUGUCUUACGCGAUGAAAUUGGGACAUACACAUAAUUUUUAAAUGCGGAAUGCAUAUAUUUUUUGAAAUAUGAUUAGUUCCAGCUAGAUAAUAGUCUCACCAAUAGUUGUAUUAAUAUGCUGCCGGACAAACUAUCCGGCAAACAAAACCCCAGUUGUACAGGGCAAUUAUAUUUUCGUACCGACAAUGUCUGCGACCGGCCGCUUAUCUUCAGACUUGAACCAAGCUUGACAUUUGAGUUGGGUCUUUCACAAAUCAGCUUUCAGCUGCAACUAAAGAUGAUAAGCACUCCCCACUUUAGUCACCCCCAGCCGUUCUUGCAUGCUGAUAAGACAUAACCUUCGUUUCUUUUGCUAACAGAAUAAGCAAGUCAUCGUGUUUGCCGAUAAAUGUUCAUUGAGGAUAUCAUGGUGGACCUCGUUGGUUUGCCCAAAAAACAUGGCAAAUAAUAAUUGCAUAUUCAGUGAUCCUGAGCAAAAGUUCUGCUUUGAUCUUAAAAAGCUGGGUGGAGAAAAAUCUGUCACUGUAAGUUCAACAUUCAUGCUGGGUAGCACCAUUAUAUUAGCACUAUCUUACUUUAUAUAUUAGAACUCUAUUUGGGUCUAAAUGCCAGUACAGUGCUUAUUCAUGUCACUUAUAUGUCCAGUGUUGCUACAGAACGACACUUAAACUAAACUAACUUCAUUUGUAUUGAAUAAUUCAGUCAGUUCAAGCAUGUUCUCUCUAGAUGGCUAGCAAGAAGCUAUCCCUAAUAUAUUGGUCCAGUGUUACUACAUAGAAAAUCUAAACUAAACUAACUUCAAAAACUCAUUAAUAAUGCAUGAGGAAAACACAAAGAGAAAUCAUAAGCGUGGCGUGUCUUUAUAUGUGAUAAAACACGCUUCAAAUUUCGAUUUGUAUUUUCUCAGCUAAUACAAAGUUAUUUUGGAAAAUUAUUUCGCCAAUGCCGUGAUCUAACUGAGACGUUUUUGAAGCUGUUUAAUAAACUCGUAGUUCGUGUUUUAUCACAUAUAAAACACUCCGCUACACGUCGUGUUUUAUAUGUGAUAAAACACUCCUACUCGUUUAUUAAACAGUACUUCAAAAACUCACUAAUAAUUCAUAAACCUCGUGGCAAAUCAUGUCAGCCAUAAUAUGUCACGUGGAGUGACUUUAUAUCUGAUAAAACAAAUGCAUGCAUGUGGCGUAUAUAAUUGUUCGUCCUAAUUAGUAUUCUUAUAUAAUUGUUCAUCCUGAUUAGUAUUCUUAUAUAAUUGUUCAUCCUAAUUAGUAUUCUUUUUGUAGUCGUAUUUAAUAAAUAAAUGAUAAAACACUCCUACUUGUGUUUUAAAUAGUACUUAAGUCAUACUGAAUAGCCCGUAUUAGUUGUAGACCGUUUUUCCUAGAGGUCUAAUAAGAGUCAUCCUUGAUUAACAUAUUAGUCUCGUGUUACUACAUAUGGAAACCUAAACUAAACUAACUGCAUUUAUACUGAAUAAUUCAAUCAGUUCAAGACUUUCUAGUAAGGAGCCAUCCCUAAUAUAUUGGUCCAGUGAUACUACCAUUGUGUUACUACAGGAGGAAACUUAAACUGAUCUAACCUUUGUUCAUACUGGAUGUCUCUACCAUUUCUGGGCUAUAUACAAUGACAAUUUGCCCUCACUUUCAUCUUGUUUCUUCAGUUUCCCGGUGGAGAUGUUCACUUUCACGUAUGCAGUGAUCAUGGCAACGAUUGUGGUGGCGCACAUGGCGAAGCUUGCUUAACAAUUGGAGAUACAUUUCCCAAGGCACUGCUACGCUCAGUGAUUAAUUAUAACGGACAAGAGGUGCAAAUAUCGUAUGAGGAUGAUGUUGUUCUCGUCUUAUAUUGCGGGGAGGAUGGCAACUCAAAUGCUCCUCAAUAUAUUGGAAAGGUGAGAAAAUAAAAUAACCUUGUUUCAACUAGAUAGCUCUAUCAGUUCUAACUGUUCUCCGUAGAGGUCUAGUAAGGAACAUUCCUCAUUGAUCCAGUGUUACUACAGGAGAAAACCUAAACUAAACUAACUUUAUUUAUACUGGAUAUUAACUCUAUCAGUUCUAAACUGUUCUUUCUAGAGGUCCAGUAAGGAAGAUCCCUCAUUGAUCCAGUGUUACAACAGGAGGAAACCAAAACUAAACUAACUUUAUUUAUACCGGAUAGCUUUAUCAGUUCUAACUAUACGUGCCUCAUCGAAACCAGGCCAUUGUGUCACCAAUCUCGUAUUUGCUGAACAACCUUGUUAAAAACUUGAGUUUUUCUCUGACUUUUUAUUUCUGUUUAAUUUCAUAUAGCACAAAGUCAAUGGGCUAACAACAAAGUAUUUCUUCAAUAUGGUCACACCUGAAGUCUGUCCACCUCGAAAACUUCCGUGUGAAGUGAAAUAUAAUGGAAAGACGUUUAACUUGGCUGGACUGAGCGAGAAAAAUUUUCGAGUGACAGGCAAGGACAAUGAGUAAGAACGAAUCAUGCAGUAUAUGCAUUGAAGUCUCGACUUAAUAUUUUGCCAUAUUAGGCUCAGAAGAAUCCUAUUAGAUAUAUCAUACUGUAGUCUUAUACUGCAUGAUUCGAUGAAUUCAAUAAGAGUUUUAUUAUAUCGAACAAAACAAUUCUAUUACAAAAAUUAUUAAACUCAUUAAUAAUUCAAGAAGAAAUGAAUGUUUAAUCAAUGUUGGUAAAUCGGAUAAAGAUUUGUCCUGGUUUACAUAAACUUCAGCUUUGAUUUUUUCGGCUUUGACAAAGCUUAUUUUUUAAAUUAGAAUUUAAAAUUUGCAUCCGAUCUUUAUCUGAUAUACAAACUCUCGCCUUCGGCUCGAGUUUGUAUAUCAGAUAAAGAUCGACUGCUCAUGUUUUAUCUAGUACUUGUAAAUAAGCAAUACAGCGAGAAUACAGCGAGAAUAAUACAGCGACAACAUUACUAGAUAUAUUGGCGGCGAAUUUGCUUAAAUAACUAUACAAAAAGUUAAUAAACUUGUUUUUACAAAUAGGUGUGCAUAGAUAAACUCAAUUCCAUGUAUGUUUAAAGGAAAUUUGACCUAAUUUUAACGAAAAAAAUAAUAUUGCUAACGUCGAGGCUGUUGCAAACAAAUGAAUUUCGCGAAGACAAGUUUUCUCGCGCUUUUAUAAUUAAACAAAACUGGUAGAAAAAACUGUAUUAAUGUCCUAAAUUCUUUUCAUUGUGCCAUAUCGCUUGUUGUAUGUUUGAAAUUGACAAAACAUCUGAAAAGGUUGAAAAACCAUGAAAACGCAACUGUCCAAUAGUAGGUUCCUGUCCAAUAUCGUAAGAUAUUGGAUCGGCACGUGACUCUCUCAACGAUUACUGAUUGGUUGAGUGCGCGUGAGUGUAUAAUAAUAGGGUUUCUAUUCCACCCAAGUACCCCGCAAAGGCCACAUUUCUUUUCCAUUGACUCAUUCAUUAUAAUGAUACUUCCUUCUAGUUACUUGGUUAGUAUUUGUGGUCAUAUCCAAUACACCACAGAAACAAGUAAGUAGUGUGAUAUAUCCAAAUGUGUCUGAACUACCUGAAAAGGCUGAUUCCUGGACACAAGGAAUUAGGAAUGCAAUUUUGUCUUCAGUUAUAAAGUUUAUCUAUAUGAUACUAUAUCACACCAUACCGUACCAUACCCUACAAUGUCGUACCAUACCAUACUAUGGCAUGGUAUAGUAUGGUAUGGUAUGGUAUGGUAUGAUAUGAUAUGAUAUGACAUUGUAGGGUAUGGUAUGGUGUGAUAUGGUAUACUAUUUAUUAUAUCAUAUAUAUACUACUAUAGCAUAUCAUCUCAAACUCAUUAAUAAUUUAUGAAGUAAAUUAGCCAACCAUAUUGCUUUAUUUUGCUCACAUGAUAAUACUGGAUACCUGAUGAAGUACAUUGAUCCAGUCCUAGGACUGGAUCAAAAUUAAUUCCCAUAUACCACUAGACCAUACCAUAUACCACUAGACCAUACCAUAUACCUGACUACACCAUACCAUAUACCUGACUAGACCAUACCAUAUACCUGACUAGACCAUACCAUAUACCUGACUAGACCAUACCAUAUACCACUAGACCAUACCAUAUACCACUAGACCAUACCAUAUACCACUAGACCAUACCAUAUACCACUAGACCAUACCAUAUACCACUAGACCAUGCCAUAUACCACUAGACCAUGCCAUAUACCACUAGACCAUGCCAUAUACCACUAGACCAUGCCAUAUACCACUAGACCAUACCAUAUACCACUAGACCAUGCCAUAUACCACUAGACCAUGCCAUAUACCACUAGACCAUGCCAUAUACCACUAGACCAUGCCAUAUACCACUAGACCAUACCAUAUACCACUAGACCAUGCCGUAUACCACUAGACCAUGCCAUAUACCACUAGACCAUGCCAUAUACCACUAGACCAUGCCAUAUACCACUAGACCAUACCAUAUACCACUAGACCAUGCCGUAUACCACUAGACCAUACCAUAUACCACUAGACCAUACCAUAUACCACUAGACCAUAUACCACUAGACCAUAUACCACUAGACCAUAUACCACUAGACCAUGCCAUAUACCACUAGACCAUGCCAUAUACCACUAGACCAUGCCAUAUACCACUAGACCAUGCCAUAUACCACUAGACCAUGCCGUAUACCACUAGACCAUACCAUAUACCACUAGACCAUACCAUAUUCUGACUUGUGUCUUAUAUGACAUGAUAAAUAAUUUCUAUCCCAUGUAUUCUAGACCAUACCAUAUACCACUAGACCAUACCAUAUACCACUAGACCAUACCAUAUACCACUAGACCAUACCAUAUACCACUAGACCAUGCCAUAUACCACUAGACCAUGCCAUAUACCACUAGACCAUGCCAUAUACCACUAGACCAUGCCAUAUACCACUAGACCAUACCAUAUACCACUAGACCAUACCAUAUACCACUAGACCAUACCAUAUACCACUAGACCAUGCCGUAUACCACUAGACCAUGCCGUAUACCACUAGACCAUACCAUAUACCACUAGACCAUACCAUAUUCUGACUUGUGUCUUAUAUGACAUGAUAAAUAAUUUCUAUCCCAUGUAUAGAGAUCUGUUCAUCUCGAGCGACAGCGGUGAGAAUUUCAAGCAAAGGAAAACCUCAAGUGAUAGGAGUCGACAGGGAUUAUAUAUUUCAAUAUCAAAGUAAGAAACUCAGAACAUCGAAUCUUUAUACCCAAUCUGAACUUCUCUAAUGACACAAUAAUCACUGUAUGCAUCACGUUACAAACAUGAUGUUACUUUUUACAGAACAUGACACAGAUUACCCAAUACAUCUUCAGUACUCAAGCAGUGAAGCAAUCUGUGGUGGGAAAAAAGCGAAAGUCUUGCAUAAAUUCAAAUGUAAUUAUGGCACUAAUCCACCACAGUUUCACAGGUACGCGCAAACAUAUUUUAUAAUGGCUUGUUGGAAAUCAUUUUUUAACAGAGAUCUCAAAAAUUUACGUCAUAAAUAUCACAGGCAUUAACCUGUGAAGAGUAACAUCUGCGUAUAAUAUUUAAAAUAUAAAAAAAAUAUAAAACAACGGUAACUCCGAAAAUAAACAUUUUAAACUAAGGCAUCAAAAGAACUUGUAAUAUUUAACUAAUCGUUUUCGGUACAUAUCAAAUUACUUAACCUUCACUAUAUAUAUAUAAAUAUAUAUAUAUAUAUAUAUAUAUAUAUAUAUAUAUAUAUAUAUAUAUAUAUAUAUAUAUAUAUAUAUAUAUAUAUAUAUAUAUAUAUAUAUAUAUAUAUAUAUAUAUAUAUAUAUAUAUAUAUAUAUAUAAUAUCGAUGUAAUGUAACCUAGCAUUAUUCCUGUUGAUGAUUGAAUCUUAGUCGAAAGCUAGAAUAUUAAAAUGUUUAUUUUCGGAGUUACCGUUGUUUUAUAUUUUAUUUAAAAUACUCAGUGGUGCCCGUAACUGUUUCCGUAUAAUGUUUCUUUUUAUAGUUUUAAAGACUGCGUGUAUACAUUUUUAUGGCAAACAGUUGAAGCAUGUCCUGCCAAAAGGUAUUGUCUAUGCGCUGAGAUUACAAUGGUUGAAAACACUAAACGGCAUUUACAAGAUGGCAGAAAUAGCCAUUCUAUCUAAGAUAGCCAAGAGAGCUAAUUUAAGACCAUGCCUGUAGAUUAUAUUUUUGAGUGGAGGUAGGCAUGCAACUAACCAAGGUCGCGUGAUUGGGUUUAGACUAUUGAGGUAGUGAUUCUCCUGAUGCCUACCUAACUGCUGCAGUCUUGACACAGUUACGAUUGCACAUUGAUUACUGAACUGUAUUUAUCCAGGACUCUUUUGAAACAGAAUGGAGAUGAUUGGACAUUUCAUGACGAUAAAAGUUUUAAUUCUGAACUACAAGUCCUCUUGUAGUCACACUAUGAAUAAGGGAUGAUAUUUGCUCGACCUCUCUGGACAAUAAUUUAGAACUGAUAAAGCUAUUCAGAAUAAACAAAGUUAGUUUAGCUUGGAUUAGUCUUAAAUCUAGAAACGUAUAACUGAUGUUUGUCAAUUGCAGGACAUCCAGUUAUUCCAACAGUGCCGACACUAUCUCACGUUCCGUGUCGAAAUCAGCUCUCGCAGUUAUUGGAACAUUCACAGGCGUUGGCCUUCUUGCUGCUAUCUUAUUUCUUGCUUGUAAACCAGAAAAGGGGUAUAAUAUUGUCAGAACUACCUAUACAUAUCUAUACCUACCUACCCACCUAACUGUACCUACCUUCCUAACUACCUACCUACCUAACUAUACCUACCUACCUAACUAUACCUACCUACCUACCUACCUACCUACUCACCUGCAGGGCCGUAACUAGACGCGAUAAUUGGAGGGGCGUGCAUAUUCAUAUAUUCAUGUUCACAUACAGUAAAACAAUCGCUUUCAAAAGAAAUCAGUAGGGCAGAACACGAAUAUAUGAAUAUGCACCCUCCCAAUUAUCGCGUCUAGGUACGGCCCUUCCCACUGACCUACCUACAUACUCACUUACCUAUCUACCUACUUACCUACAUACAUGUUAGAGUUAUAAACCGAGUAGGAGGUUUAUAACUGAUAUAUUGCCCCCGACGACGCGUAGCGUCCGAGGGCAAUAUAUCAUGAGUUAUAAACCGACUUUUAAUCAUUUAUUCAAGGUCUAUAAGCUAGUUAUAAACCUCGGACGAUCAAAGAAAACCGACACAAAUGUGAUAUAAGCCUAGUUAUUUAUCUACCUGCUUUUUGAUGUAUCUAUCUGCCUAUCUGCUGUUUAAAAGUUUUUGUGUCUUUGUGUUACAGAGAGGCAGCUGCGUUAUGGUUGAGGUGGCAUGUUCGGAAAUAUAUUUGCUGUAAACCCUCUUAUCAUGUUCUAAGUCGUUAUGAGGUGCUACUUUGAUACUUUUCUGUUUUCAAGCAUGUCUACAAUUAACGUAUUGUGUCGUAUUGAAAUUUAUUGCAUUUAUACAUUGCCGCGUACAGCUUGAACUGGUACAAACUUAAGACGAAAGACAAUCAUUUAUUAUCUUAAGACAAUAUGACAUGAUAAUCAUUCAGGAACUUGGAACUACGAGUUAGAACAAGGAGCACAAUUGCAUACACAAACAUAUAAUUCCAACUCAUCCUACAGUCCUUUCUCAUCGAAUAAGUGCAAUCAUGUUCCAUACUAAGACGUAUCUGAGUUACACAUACAACUGUUUUAGGGACCGGUCAUCAGGGACGCCGGAACUGGGAGGGGCUGCCCUCCUUGCCUUUUGCUAGGGGGGGGGCAGAAGUGCCCUUUUAGUUGUAAAAUACUACGUGAUAAAUCACAUUUUCAACGAUGCUUUUAGUAGGAAAAUCAUGAGAUUCGGGCAAUUUAUAGUUUAUAUUUGACUUUUGGUUUGUCUGGAAAAAAUUUUUUGACCCCUAAAAUGGUACACUGACCGAAAUUUUUUUGGCGACGGGGGGGGGGAUGGGGAGGUCGCCCAAAAUUUUCCAUUGAAAAAAACUUCCGGUAGAUUUGGAAGUUUUGCUCUAUAGAGGUGCCGUUGGUGUGCGUCCGCCCCCCUUUGCCUUAUUAUCGUUCCGGCGUCCCUGCCGGUCAUUUAUGGUUGGGGGGAGGGGUGGCACCGAAGAGAAAUGUUUUGCUUGGUAAAUAUUUUGCUGAUCCAACCAUUAAAAAGUCAAAAAAAUAUUUUUACCCUACCUCAAAUAUCGAUUAAAAUAAAUACCCACCCCUGGCAAAAAUUGUUACAGAAAGAUACCUCCAUGAAUUGAGUUUGAUAAUUGCUUGCGCAGCUUUCUGCAGUCUAAAGUUUCAUGUUGUCUGCACAUGUACUUUCUUUGAAGACACCAUUUGCCUAACAAAUCGGAAAAUGAUCAAGAUAGUGACUUUCACAGAUUUACAUAUUGUAGUGAGAUAUGACUGUUGACAUUCCUUUUUAGGCUUCAAUGUUUGAGUGAGUCAUGCUUUGGAAAUGACAAUACGUUUUUAUUACCCAACCCUUGAGUUGUUUUGUUUUUCAAUUACCCAAGCUUUUACUCACUCAUAAUUUUGUUUACCCAACCCUUUUCUCUUCGGCGCCACCCCGGUCCCUUAAGUUACGGUUUGUAAUACCUUGGAAAGUUUUUCGGUCAUAUGGUACCAACAAAGUAUAAGAACACUGAUAGCAAGAGAACCAUGUAUCUACGUAGUAUUUGGCUGAAAACAAAAAAGUACCAGACCGUCAUGUUGACGUACGUAAGUAUAGUAGUACACAAAUUAUAGCGUCUUGUCCUUAGAGAGUUUGAACAAGACAACGAAGACGAAGGCGUACUUGACAAUUUUUCCCUUCUGCACAUUAUCUUGCUCUCGCUGAGUUGGACGUCAAUGGUGGUUGCUCAACCUGUCUUCCCAUGUGUCGCUGUUUAUGAUUACUGACCCCAAUUCUUGCCCUGACCCUGACAAAACAGCGAGACAUGAAACUAUAUCCCGUCUCUGUUCUACUGCCUUCGUGCAGUACGAAGUUCACGAAGAAUUUUGCCAAAAUAGUCGUUCAGAACGAAGGCAGAAAAACGAAGACGGGAUAUGGAUUCAUGUCUCGCUGUUUUGUGUGGGUCAGGGUAAGGAUUUGGGUCAGCAUUCAUAAACAGCUUGACAUGAAUCUCUAAUCUGUCUUCACCCCUGACCAUUGAACUAAAAAUAACUGGAACGCCACGUUCAAGCGGAAGUUUGAAGCCAAAUUAUACAAGGUCGUACACAGGCUUUAAAAGGCCCGUUUUAAAAUAAAAGGCCCGUUUUAAAAUAAAAGGCCCGUUUCCCUUUCGAUUCACAUCUUGCCAUGAAAACGUUCAAAACGGCAUGCUUCGAUCGCCCUCUGCAUUGUCUCGCGAGUAAAUCGCGCAGUAGAAACACGCGUGGAAGUGCGUGUCUGGGAGUCAAAACUGGCUUCAUUUGGCUUCAUGGGAGUCAAAUUUUGGCUUCAAAACUUGCAUGCGCAGUUUACUGAACGUAGUGUUCCAGUUAUUUUUAGUUCAAUGCCCAUGACCCUAAACUCAGAAUGCGCAAGACAAUGUGCAAGACAGGCAAAAAUUGUCAACUACGUCGUCGUCGUCCUACUUCGUUCUCUUGCUCAAAGACACUCAAGAAGACAAGCCUAUGGUAGAACCCACCAAUAGACCUUUCCCCUUUUGAGUGAAAUUUUGAUCUAGACAAGCCUGGACAAAAAUUUCAUCACAGCUUGAAAGAACAUCGCAAAAUUAGUAAUAUUCCGAAGUUUCGUUGCGAAAUGUUGUAAAAUGCGGAUAAUAUAGCCUUGCGAAGUUUGCCUUUUUUUAGUCAUUUAUUUGUAUUAGCCUACAAACGGGAAAUUGGUAAUCAGAUGAUCAAACUGAUUAUCAAUUUCCCAUUUGUAAUACAAAAUGACUGAAAAACGACAAACUUCGCAAGGCUAUAUUAUCCGCAUUUUACAACAUUUCGCAACGAAACUUCGCAAUAUUACUAAUUUUGCGAUGCUCUUUUUUUUGUCCAGGCUUGUCUAGAUCAAAAUGUCACUCAUAAGGGGAAAGGUCAAUUGUUUGGUGUUAUAUCAUCCUCUUUUCUACCCUGAUCAAUCUGUCUUGCUGUUGUAUCAUUCAGGUAAACACAGAUGAAGAAGAAGGUGGAACAGGAGCAGGAUCAUUAUUUAGUGAUGAUCAUGAUGACCAUGAUCAUGAUGAUCACAGUGAUGAUAAAGAUGAUGAUGAUCUAUUACCGUUAGACGAUGAUCUGCUCAAUUUAGAUGAAUAAUAAACAUUGAAUUUUUAUAGAGCAUUCGUCAAACAACCACGAAGGUCAGACGCUUCAGUAGUACCCCAUAUAGACAAGCAAGUUUUCUCUGUCGCGUUUUAUCACGAAGGCUUCUUGUCAAGAAUACAUAUCGGGGAAAAACUGUUGUCUGUAUGGGGUCCGACGAGAAUUUAGAACUAUAGUAUUUAAGUCAGACUUAAGUGAUAGAUUUUGAUAGCAAUAAUUAUUUACAUUCUACAUUUGUAGUUAUGAGAAAAUUGAAUAGUACGGCUAAGCCUGUUACUAGGGUCUGUAUGGCUGAGAAAGUCAGGAGGCCGGCUUGUUAUUCCGAACCGCAUAAGAAUUAUACAGAACAUGCAAUAACUCAAAUAGAGAUAAGAUUAGAGCUGUAAAAUCAAUAAGAUUUGUAGUGAUAUUUUGUAGAUAUUUCCAUUGUGAAUAAAAUUCCAGAAAUGUGGAUUGCUCUAUUUUUUUUAGUAUUUUAGCGAAAGUAUCAGCUUUGUACGAAGAUAUGAAAAGGUUUUUCUACGAACGCAACGCGUACCUAUUUUAAUAAGUUAUUCGAUCGCUAUCUUUGUGCAUUUAUCUAACAUGACGUAUCACAGGCGGCCCAGACGUGUAUUAGUGUAUAGUAAAUAUAUCAUUAUAGAAUACACUACACAGUAAAAUUUGUAAUGAAUUUUAUAUUUUAAAAUCAUAUUUACUUGCCUACUUUGAUUGUAUGUGAUCGUCUUUUAUUUCUGAGCGACUUUACAUUCGAUGCCUGCGACUGUCUUCAUAGGUGAUAGUAUUGAAAGCAAAGGCUAA